GAGGGGAAGGUGAUGGACCUGAUCACCUCUGGAGGACUUCCCUCCCCGACCCCGUCACACAGGCCGGUCUGCAUGCCAGUAGCGUGACAGCUCCGGGACGCAUACCUGACGGGAGCUGCAUUCUGGGGAGGACAGUGGUCAUAGCGUCUAAUUCACCCCACACCCUGCUGCUCCUCCUCCUUCUCCUCCGCUCCUCCUCAACUCUUCACCUGUGCUCCUCCUCCUUCUCCUCCUCCUUCUCCUCCUCAACUCUUCACCUGUGCUCCACCACUGCUCAGCUCAUAACUUCUUCUCUGCUGCCAACGCCCUCCUCCCUCCAUGGCGGUCUCCGGGGCGAGGCAGCGCUUCACUCACUUCCUGUCGGAGGCCAAGCGGUGCAGGUCCCGCCCCCGCCCCCCAGUGCCCGCCUCCCAGGUGCCCAUCUUGUUCCGGGAGCCCUACAUCCUGUCGGGGUACCGCCCCGUGGGCCAGGCCUGGAGCUGCUACGUCCUCAGCCUCUUCCAGCGCCACAACGAGUCCGUCAACGUCUGGACCCACCUGCUGGCCGCCGCCGCGCUGCUGCUCCGCUGGGGGGCCGAGCCCCCCUGGCCGGCCGGGCCCCCGGGGGCCCCGGGCCUGCCGGAGCAGCCCCUGGGGCUCUACGUGGGCUCGGCCCUCUGCUACCUGUGCUGCAGCGUGGCCGCCCACCUGCUGCAGUCCCGCUCCGAGCUGGCCCACUACUGCCUGUUCUUCCUGGACUACGUGGGCGUAGCCGUGUACCAGUACGGCUGCGCGCUGGGGCACUACUUCUACGGCUCCGAGGCGGCGUGGAGGGCGGGGCCUCCCGGGCCGGCCUUCCUGCCCGGCGCCGCCCUGCUGGCCUGGCUGUCCUGCGCCGCCUGCUGCUUCGCCAAGUCCUACUGGCGGCGGCCGUACCCCCCCGCCCGCCGCGUCUGCACCCUGAUCCCCGCCGGCCUGGCCUACCUGCUGAUCUCCAGCCCCCUGCUGCACCGGCUCGGCGCCGCCGGCCCCUGGGGGCCCGGGCUCCGCCUCCACGCCGCCCACAUGGCGCUCUUCCUGCUGUCGGUCCUCUUCUUCUCCUGCCCCGUGCCGGAGCGCUUCCUGCCGGGCCGCUGUGACUUCCUGGGCCAGGGUCAUCAGGUGUUCCACGUGCUGCUGGCGCUGUGCAGCUUCACCCAGCUGGAGGCGCUGCUGGUCGACGCCCGGCGGCAGGGGCCGGGGGCCUUCGGGGAGGAGGAGGUGCUGCGGGCCUGCCUCCUGCUCCCCCUGGUGGCGGGCUGCUGCCUGCUCACCGCGCUGCUCGCCGGGCGCCACAAACACAGACAGCUGCUGGCCGAGAGCGGGGGGGGCAGGCUGGGUGAGCUUAGCUUAGCUGAGGUUACCCGAGAUUAGUUCAGUUUGCGGUUGGGUUCCAUUCCGUCCCGUUAAGGGUAGCUCAGGUAAAAGGUAAAGUGUGCUGUUUGUGUCGGGGCCGAGCCCCCCUCCCCCCCAUGGUCCCACAGGCCGGUCCGACCGGGCCCCCCUGCCCCUCUGGUCUCACAGGCCGGCCUGCAGCCAGACAGCUCCUGGACGCAGGCCUGACUCACGCUGCAUUCUGGAGAGGACUCAAUGGGUUGGAGUGUGCUGUCUGUCAAGUUGAUGCUAAAUGUGAGGCUACGCGUUUCUAUGCGAGCGUAUGUUUUUGAGGACAGGGGAGAGAGGG